CCCCUCAAAAACUGUUGACUCUGUGGCCAUUGCCCACAUCUCCCUCGAAAAUCUCUCGCUCAAAAAAUCCCCCACUCCAGAUCCUGUAUCGCCGCCGCCGUGCCUGCUCCAUCGACGACCCUCUCCGUUGCGCGCGCCCUUUGUUUCUGGCCGGGAGCGGCUGAUCUGCGGGCGGCGGCUGCUCUAUCUCCCGGCCUGUCCGCCACCAGUCGCCGGCGUCGGGGCUGCCGGCGUUGCCUCCUCUUGCAGGCAAUGUCAGGCGGGCCAAGUCCAGGGGGAGUACCCUCCAAUCCCUUGGUGGGGGCAAUCCACAGAUGAUUUCUACCCCCUGCCUGAGUACGUAGCCUCUCUGAUACCUCCCGCCGGCGAGCCGGUAUCCUUUGGCCGUUCUGUGGCCGAGCAUGGGGUUGAGGACGAGAAAGAGGAGGCCUCCUUCUUCGCCGGGCCACAAGAUGGCAGCAGCGGCGUUGAUGAAUGAGGCGAGAAAGGAAUUGGUAGCAGCGUCGAAGACGGCGGCGCAGAAGAAAGGGGCAGCGACAUCGACGACCCAUGCGCCGAAGAUUUGGGGGGCAUCACCAGCGGCACACACAAUUUGGACAGUGGCAGCGACGUCCCCCAAGAAGGGAGCCUCGGCGUCGACGACCCUGGUGUUGGAUACAAGAAAAGGUGUAGAGGCCGCGAAGGACCUGAUGUUCGAGAUGGGCCGCCCAGGGAGUUUGGAGCAGUGGAGUUAGCCCUGCGGAAUUCGUCAACAAGGGGGACGAAGUACAUUUUGGAGCCAGUUAUUGGCACUUCGUUCGACUCUCUGGCGGAAGCCUACGAAUUCUACAACCUGUACUCAUGGGAGGUUGGUUUUGGUAUUCGAUAUGGGAAAAGCUACACAAACGGGAAGCAUUACCGGUCAUCGCAAGAACUGAUUUGUCAGUUGCAGGGGUUUGACAACAGGGACAAAAAUGAUUCCCCCCGUUGUGGGUGCAAGGCGAUGAUUCGUCUGCACAGCAGGCGGCAGUACACAUGUUUUGGAGAUGUGGUGGUGUUCGACACAACUUACACCACAAAUCUGUACAAGAUGCCGUUUGGGUUGUUUGUUGGCGUCAAUAACCACUUCCAGACAGUGAUAUAUGUUGGUAUCCUGAUGUCAGAGGAGACAAUAGAGGGAUUCAAUUGGGCAUAUAAAGAAUUUGUAUCGCUCAUGGGAGGCAAGGCUCCCUUGACAAUGUUGACAGAUCAGUGUCGGGCCAUGGAGGUGGAUAUCGGCAUGACUCUUCCAAGUACUGUACACCGCUGGUGUAAGUGGCAUGCUUUCCGGAAGGCUAAAGAAGAACUAGGUGGCAUUUUUAGUAAGCAAACAGGUUUCAAGGACGCCUUCCACAAUGUUGUUAAUGAGAUGCUGACUAUUGACGAGUUUGAGAAGGCCUGGGGUAGGCUUAUUGAAGAUUUCGGGCUUGUUGAGAACAGUUUCAUGAUUCGGGCGUUCGAGGCUCGACACAACUGGGCGAAACCAUUUUUCAAGGACAAGUACUGUGCAAGGAUGAUUUCGACUCAGAGAGUUGAGAGUGCAAACCACAUGUUGAAGACAUAUGUCCCUCGAAAUUCUUCAAUGAACAAGUUUGUGUCCCAGUACAACAAACUACUUAAAGAUAGGAAUGAAGCUGAAGAUCAUGUUCCGGGGAGUCUUCCAAAGAAGCCCCGCAGGCAGAACAAAUGUCGGAAAUGUGGUGGUUGAGGCCACAACUCGGCAACAUGUACCGCAGGCUUUGAAGAAGAAGAUGCAGGAUUGGAAGACGAUGCUUAGUUCAAAUUACUUUCUGUAUUGUAACGCCUCCAGAUGUCUUUAAUGUUGGCAUUUUGUCUAUUUGAAUUAUUCUGAUGAAUCGAAUUGCCAGUAUCUGUAGCA